UGCCCAGUCAAUUUGGCCGACUUCUUCGCGACUUCACAACAAGUGACGUCAGGGCCUCUUCUACCUUUCUUUGCCCUAUUCAUCUAUCUAUAGCACGGAUCUAUAGUAUUUUUUUGCUUUUUUGUUUGUUUUUAAGCCAAGAUGGCAGCCCCCACAAGACCCGAACGAGUUCACUUUCUUUACGCUGACCCACAGUAGAAAAGACGCGUCCCGCACGCUGGCACUUCCACCGUGUUCAUAUUUUCUGCGUCAGGUGUCUUUUGCAUCUUUAAUAGUCAACGUCCCCAGCCUUGGAUUUUGGUUGGCGCUUCAAAGAAGAGCUGCCGGACGGAGAACUUCGUCUCGUAGCAUCGCAAUGCGUGCAUUCUGCCCUGUGCACGGCUGUACGAGCACCGACGCCUGAUACGAUAUUUUUUUGACGACUGCUAUGUGGAGGCAGCAGCAUAAGGCACAAGCCAAGACCAUUUCAUUCUAGCCACAGAGACAAGGAGGACAUUGCAGGAGAGCCAGUACACCAAACAGUGUCGUGUGCAGCUUGUGAGUCGAGACAAGCCAUGAAAACAUUGCCACUACCAGCGUGUGAGCCAGGUCAUGUCGCAGAUAAAUGUGCUCAAGUGCGGCUACAGACCCACAACGAAGCAACACAGGCAGAUGAAAAGAAACUUGUGUCAACAAGUACCACACAAACGCAGCCUCAGGCUUUUUCUUCAGGACCCUUGUCUUCUACGGCCCUGCAGGAGUCUUCUUCAUUGGCGAAUGUACGAAGUCGACCGCAUUCCUGCUCACAGUGCACCUAUGUGACCCUGGACAAGUCAGCUAUGAUCAGGCACCUUCAGAAACACAUGGGGGAGCCCGCCUUCCAGUGCCACUUGUGUCCAGCUGCAUUCACUUACAAUUCAAAGCUGGUAUUGCAUGUGCGCACCCAUACAGGAGAAUGUCCCUUUUCCUGUGUACACUGCAAAGCGUCCUUUAAGCAGGAAAGGCACCUCGUAAAACACAUCCGCACUCACACAGGAGAGCGUCCCUUUUCCUGUAUAGACUGCAAAGCGUCCUUUAAGCUGAAAAAGCACCUCGUGAGUCACAUCAGCACUCAUACAAGAGAGCGUCCCUUUUCUUGUCUAGACUGUAAUGCAUCGUUUAAACGAAAAUAUGACCUUAAGGCGCAUAUGAAUUUUCACACAGGAAAUUUCCCCUUCUCUUGUGCCCACUGCAAUGCAUCCUUUGUACGAAAAUGCUACCUUGUGAGGCACAUCGGCACUCACACAGGAGAGCGUCCUUUUUCAUGUGCCCACUGCAAUGCAUCAUUUAGGACGAAAAGCCACCUCGUGGAACACAUCCGCACACAUACAGGAGAGCGUCCCUUUCGGUGUGUCCAAUGCAAUAGAUCGUUUAUGGCUAAACGCCGCCUAAUUGAGCAUAUACGCACUCACACAGGAGACCGUCCCUUUUCCUGUGUACACUGCAAAGCAUCCUUCAAGCAACAAGGGCACCUCGUGAAACACAUCCGCAUUCACACAGGAGAGCGUCCCUUUUCUUGUGUAGACUGCAAAGCAUCGUUCAAGCAGAAAUGGAACCUAGUGAAACACGUCCGCACUCACACUAGGUAGCGUCCCUUUCUCUGUGUACAUCGCAGUGCAUCAUUUUGGACUAAUAUGCAUUCUCACACAGGAGAAUGCUCUCCUUCUCCUGUGCCCACUGUAAUGCACCCUUUUUCACGGAAAUAGGAACAUCUUGAUGCAACAUCCACGCUCACACAGAAGAGUGUCUUUUUCCAUGUGUCCACUAAAAUGCAUUCUUUAUGAUUAAAUGCCGCCUCAUUGAGCACAUAUGCACUCACA